UUGAGCAGGAUGAACAGAUUGUUCAGGAUUGACAGGUGGUAGAGUUGCUAUUGAGAGCAAAGAUCAUGUUUAUAAGUCAGUGGCCCUUGAAUUAACAAUUAAAAAUGGGAAAGGCCUCUGAUGAACUCCUCUCUUAGUCCACUCUCCCUCGGCUGUCCUCACACACUGUUUUCCUUUGACAAUAGGCCAUGGUGAACGCAGCAUCUACUUACAUGUUUGAAGCCACAGAAAAAAGAUUUUUUUUCAAAACUGUGUCUGUAUUGAUUCCUGAGACUUGGAAGGGAAAUCCUCAAUACAGGAGGCCAAAACAUGAGAGCUACAAACACGCUGAUGUUAUAGUUGCACCACCGGCCCUCCCAGGAGGAGAUGCACCUUAUACCAGGCAGUUCACAGAAUGUGGAGAGAGAGCAGAAUACAUUCAUUUCACCCCAGACUUUGUUCUGGGCAGAAAGCAAAAUGAAUAUGGACCAUCAGGGAGGCUUCUUGUCCACGAGUGGGCCCACCUCCGCUGGGGAGUAUUUGAUGAAUACAAUGAAGAUCGGCCUUUCUACAGUGGCAAAUCAAAGACAAUUGAAGCAACAAGGUGUUCCACAGGUAUGUCUGGUACAAACAGUGUUUACAAGUGUCAAGGAGGUAGCUGUAUAACUAGAAGAUGCAGAAUAGAUUCUACCACAAAACUGUAUGAAAAAGAUUGUCAGUUUUUCCCUGAUAAAGUUCAAACAGAAAAGGCUUCCAUAAUGUUUAUGCAAAGUGUUGAUUCUGUUUCUGACUUCUGCAAUGAAAAAACUCAUAACCAAGAAGCUCCAAGUCUACAAAACCUAAAGUGCAAUUACAGAAGUACAUGGGAGGUGAUCCGUGCAUCUGAAGAUUUUAACAGAACUGUGCCUAUGAAGACUUCACCCACUUCACCUGCCUUCUCCUUGCUGAGGAUCAGUGAAAGAAUUGUUUGCCUGGUUCUUGAUAAAUCUGGAAGCAUGGGUGGUAGUAACCGACUUAGUCGAAUGAAUCAAGCAGCAAAACACUUCCUGCUGCAGACUGUGGAAAAUGGAUCCUGGGUAGGAAUGGUUCAGUUUGAUAGUGGGGCAAACAUUAACAGUGAGUUAAUACGAAUAAGAAGCAACAGCGAAAGAGACACCCUAGUGAAGAAUCUGCCUACACAAGCUAAAGGAGGAACUUCCAUCUGCAGUGGGAUUAAAACUGCAUUUCAGGUGAUUGAAAAAAAAAACUUCCAAUUAGAUGGGUCUGAAAUAAUGCUGCUGACUGAUGGGGAAGACAAUAAAGCAAGCGCUUGUAUCGGUGACGUGGAAAAAAGCGGGGCCGUCAUCCAUUUCAUUGCUUUGGGACCAUCUGCUGAUCAAGCAGUAAUACAGAUGAGCGAUGUAACAGGAGGAAAUCACUUUUAUGCUUCAGAUAAUGCAGAGAACAAUGGACUCAUUGAUGCUUUUGGGGCCCUUACAUCAGAAAAUGCCGAUCCCAGUCAGAAGCCCAUUCAGCUUGAAAGUAAGGGAUUAACACUACAGAAUGAUGUCUGGAUGAAUGGCACUGUGGCAAUUGAUAGCACAAUAGGAAAGAACACAUUCUUUCUCAUCACAUGGAGUGGUCAGCCUCCCAGUAUUUCCCUCUGGGCUCCCAAUGGAACAUCGAUAAAAGGUUUCACAGAGGACACUGCUUCCAAAAUGGCCUACCUCACUAUUCCAGGAAAUGCACAGGUGGGCACUUGGACGUACAGUCUUCGAGCCAAAACAACCUCGGAAAUACUCACUAUUACAGUAACUUCUCAAGCAGCAAAUUCUGCUGUGCUUCCAAUCACAGUAAAUGCUAAAAUGAAUAAAGACACAAACAGCUUCCCCAGCCCCAUGAUUGUUUAUGCAGAAGUUCAGCAAGGCUAUGCGCCCAUUCUUGGAGUCAAUGUGACUGCUGUCAUUGAAUCAAACAGUGGAAAAACCGAAAUUCUGGAACUUUUGGACAAUGGUGCAGGUGCUGAUGUAUUAAAAGAUGAUGGGGUCUACUCCAGGUACUUUACAGGUUUUUCAGAAAAUGGCAGGUACAACUUAAAAGUACGAGCUCAUGGAGGAGCAAACUCUGCCAGGCGAAGCUUAAAGUAUCCACUGAGUAGAGCCGCGUAUAUACCAGGCUGGGUAGUGAAUGGGGAAAUCGAAGGAAACCCACCAAGACCCGAAGCUGAUAAGAACACUCAGACAAUUCUGGAGAAUUUCAGCAGAACAGCAUCUGGAGGUGCAUUUGUGGUAUCAGGAUUUCCAAACACUCCCUUCACUGACCCGUACCCACCGAGUCAAAUUACGGACCUGGAUGCCACACCUGAAGGAGAAGAGAUCACUCUGACAUGGACAGCACCAGGAGAGGAUUUUGAUGUUGGAAACGUUCAACGAUAUAUCAUAAGGAUAAGUGGAAAUAUGAUUGACCUAAGAGACAAUUUUGAUGAUGCUCUUCAAGUUAACACUACUGACCUGUUGCCAAAGGAGGCCAACUCCAAGGAAACCUUUACAUUUAAACCUGGAAAUAUCCCGGAAGAAAAUGCAACCCACAUAUUCAUUGCCAUUCAAAGCGUAGACAAAAGCAAUUUGAUUUCCAAGGUGUCCAACAUUGCUCAGGUGGCUUUGUUUAUUCCUCAAGCAGAUCUUGGUCCUGAUCAAAGUCAUCCUAACCCUAGUCCUGAAAAAAAUUAUAAUUUUGGAGUUAAUAUUUCUAUUCUGGUCUUGUCAGUAGUGGGAUCUGCUAUACUUGUUACUAUUAUUUUAAGUACCACUAUUUGUAUCUUAAAAAAGAAAAACUCUUCAAGCAGACCUAGAACAGGGUUUUAAAAAUCAAAAUAAUGUAAUUAAAGGAUAUAUUUGAAUUUCUAAACUUAUUUUGUGUGAUAAUGAACUGCAAAAAUCAUAUUAAGAUA